AUGGCCGUCAACACGGAUAUCAACCUUGCCGACACUGAAGUUGAGGCACUCAAUGCUCUGCGCGCACGGGUCGAUGCAAGCGAUGGGGACGAUCUCCUCUUGCGUUGUUUGAUGGCCCGCAAGUUUGAUGUUGAUCGGGCUUUCAAUCUUCUGCAAGCCUACAAGUCGGAGCUAGUGCCCUUGUUGGGCACUGACACGAUUGAUGCCGGCGAGGCCCGUGCACCCUUGGAAGCUGGUGAACUGCUGUUGCCCGGCACACACGACGUCGAGGGUGCAGCUAUUGUGGUCUAUGAUGCAGCAAUGCACCGCGAUCAGGGCUUUGAUGGCCAGCAGACCCUUCGCGCCAUCUUGUACCUUGUGGAUAUCGCGCUGCAGGACGAGCGAGCUAUGCGAAAUGGCAUCACCAUCGUGAGUUUCUUGCAUCGUCUGCCUUGGUCCAAGCUUGACAACAAUACCCACAAGCUACUGCUCAAGACGCUCCAGAACAAUUAUCCGGCCCGCGUGCGCAGCGUGGCCGUGGUGUCCCCCAAUUGGACCACCAAAGCCAUGCUUCGCGUUUUGCGCCCCUUCAUGAAGAACAAGCUCAGCUCCAAGCUGCGCACCUACAAAAGCCUCGAUGCUCUUGAAGCGGUCGUACCUCGUACCGCGCUUCCCGUGUCUGUUGGCGGUACACAUGCUUACGACCAUCAAAGUUGGCUCACCACUUACUUGGCCAGUGGCAACGCUGUCUCGGCACUCUCGCCUGUGCGCUCGCGCUUGCCUUCGGUGGCCCGGAUCGAGGGCAAAUUGGCGCGCCGUGCCAACAAGUUGGCACAGCAACUGAAGUACGAAGACGCUGAAAGCAGCGCACCUGCUGCGGAGACAUCUAACGACCCAAGCCCCUCUCGUCACAGCAUCAACUUUAACUUUCAGGUUGUUGAUGUCAAGAAGACUUUGUCACAACCCACUUCCCCGCGUCCCAAUGUUGAAGACCACGCGCCUACCAUGGCCAUCGAGCCUCAGAUGUCAUCAGAUGCUGUGCUGAAGACUGCACCUCAAGAGGAGGACAACCUCGUUGAGGAGGCACACCUCGAGCCAAACUCCAACACCGCCGAACCUCUUCCUUCAAGCACUGGCAACGCAGAGCUCGUAAUGAACGAAAACCUGCCGGCCGAUCAUUUCGAGGAGGAGAACGUUGACGGAGAGGAGGACAUUAAAUUGACCAAGUCACAAAAGAAGGUCUGUCCAACCCGUUUCUUCUCGACAAGAUGCUUGGGUUCCCUUGAUUGA